GGCGAUUUCAGUCCACACAGACCAUAACGUCGGGCUGAGGUCGCCCCGGCACAAUCGGAGUCAGAUAUGUGUGGAGUUUACGGAGUAACGUGACCCGGGGAAUAAGUUCAAUACAGUUCUGAAUAGAAAUCAAAAUGAAAGUGUUUAGCUAGGCUAGUAAUAAUAUCAGAAUGGCGCUCGAACCCCAAUAUAUUUCUAUGGAGGGUGCUUUUUCCAUGUUUGGAUCAAGACAUGAAGACAAGUUGUAUGGGCAAGAUACCGGACCUGCUGACCACGGGUCAGAUCGGCCGGAUGUAAACAGUGUUGUUGGACUAAGGGCUAACAAGAUGGACGGGCCGGGGUUGUCAGAGUUCGGGUUCGGCAACCUGAGUCGGUACACGAUGGUCUCCACCCCCGGGUCUACCAGUAGUAGUGAUAGUGUUGCGUCUUCUCAGGAAUCGUCGUCCAUGGGAUCGACAACAAAGCGGAAAGGUACGCCAUAUAUCCCUAGUUACAUGGACAUGACGAACGGCCCCGAACCGUGUGUUGUGUGUGGUGACGCGGCCACCGGCUACCACUACAGGUGUAUGACGUGUGAGGGAUGCAAGGGAUUCUUCAGAAGAACCAUUCAAAAGAACUUACAAUACCAUUGUAAAUGGAACAGUAACUGUAUAAUAGACAAAACUACCAGGAACCAGUGCCAGGAGUGUCGUUACCGGAAGUGUGUUCAAGUUGGCAUGGCAACUGAUCUUGUGCUGAACGAAAAACAGAGGAAAGCCAAACGGAAACUAAUAGAGGACAAUAGGGACAAACGCAAAACGGAGGCUCAAAAAGUAACAACGAAGUCAGACUUGUGUCCGCAUGACUCUCUUACAGACAAUGAUAAACUUCUAAUAGCGGAAGUAGUGAAUGCGUACGAAUGUUCGGCUACCAAGAUCCAAACCAAGGGUCAGGGGAUGAGCUGUACUGACACAAACGAUCCCGAGGCAUGGCAACAACUAGCAGAUGCGAUGACCCCUUCCAUUGUCAAAGUGGUCGAAUUUGCCAAAGGUGUCCCUGGAUUUAUACAGCUAUAUGUAGAUGACCAAAUUUUACUUUUGAAAUCCUGCUGUAUGGAGAUUAUGUGUCUGCGUGCAGCAUGUAAAUAUGACCAGGACCAAGAGACACUGACAAUGCACAAUGGCAUGACCUUACAUAAGUCCCAGAUUAAAGCAGAAGGUUUGGGAAUUCUCGUUGAACCAAUCUUCGAGUUUGCCGUCGGCUUAGCAAAGUUAGACCUCGACAAAACAGAGUUAGCUCUCUUGGCAGCCGUUCUUCUCAUGCAAUCAGAUCGUUCCGGUUUAAAAGAACCAGAGGCAGUAGAGAAACUCCAGGAUGAUGUGUUAGGUGCAUUCAAACGUUACGUAGCGGUCAAGCGUCCACUGCAGCCUGUCCACUGGGCUAAAAUAUUGAUGAAGGUGACGGAUCUUCGAACAAUUAGUACAAGACAUGCUGAACGAGUGUUAUGUAUUCGUCUUGAUCAUUCAAAUGAAAUACCCCCCCAUCUACUAGAUUUGUUCAAUGAAGGGGAGGAGUACUUAUGAAAGGAAGAUUGUUUUAAAAUAUUUAAAUUCAAUGCUGACACAGCUCUUGACAAUGAUUUAGUCAGUGCAUCAAGAAGGAGACGUUGACAGGACUGCGGAUACUACUGUGCCCUUCACCAUGAAUAUCAGAACUCAAUUGAUCGUGGAAGUGUUCUGUGCCCUGUACCAUGUAUAUCAAGUCAAUAUUUAACCAUGGUUACGUUCUGUUAGACGUCGACUCGACCGUGUAUGUUAGACGUUGAGGUUUCCAACGGACAGCUACGCUUUAUGUCAUUCGCCAUUAUUUUGUCAGAGGUAAAAAAGGACAGGGCAAUGGAGACAUCAGUCUUUGAUUGCAGAGACAUUUGGAUUUAAUGCUUGGUCAAUCCCUCACAGAUUUAUUAAUGUACAACACACAGGGUUAUGUUGUCGGCAGUGCUGUCUUUGCGAAUUGUUAACAUAAACAUGAUAUUUAAACAUGCUAUUUGCAGACGUAAACAAUUCACAAAUUCAGCACAAAAAACUUUGUAUCAGCAGUGUUAAUGUUUCCGAAUAUUACGAAAAAUAUACCUUCCUGGCCAGGAUGAAAUGCUUUCCAAUAUAAAGUUAUCUUGAAACCAGUGGAAUGAUAAUAUUUUGACAUCAUUUUUAAAAGCAUAUAUUUACACUAAAAGGAAUAUCAAGGGAGAUAACAUUUAAUUAUAUAACCAUAGAAGACUAUAACGCAAACGGGCCAGGCAAAGAACCAUUUAAUGUCAUGUUCAACCAGGCGUUGGCAUUAUCUGAUCAGUUAUAUAUAUGUAAUUAUUAAAUGAUUUCUCCUUUUAGGCUUUUGCAGCAAUCCUCUGAUACUUAGAUAUGUACUGUACACUGCGCCGAUAUACUACAAAUGUCCAAUCUAAUUGUAAUGUAACAUCUUAUAUUCGAAAUGAGGUUCAUCUGUUUUGUAUGAAUAUAUGCCAAGUUUGUUUCCAUUGUUUUUUGGUAAACCAACUUUGUAUUUAAUGCAAUAUCCAACACUUACUUAAACAGAUGUCUUGAUGAUUCAAUUGACCCCUUAAUAUUUACAGGACAAUGGAUGUAUAAUCCACGUUGAAAGUCCCGUUUCAUUUUAUUCCUAAAACGCCUCUCUUUAAUGCAUCCAUACUGUUGCUGUGUAUUGACGCAAUCAAUAUCUACAUUUUUGCAAACGUCUAUUUCGGAAAAUCCAUCAUUUAAACAUGACUCAUUUGUGGUUCGUUGUGAUUAUACACGAUAUUGUGGAUCGAAGGGCUUCAAUAUCAGUAGUAAGCUUUUUUUAUAUAAAUUCUAACGAUACCUAUAAAACCUUGAGAAAGUGCUUGGUAAUUUAUAGCUUUAAGCUGAACAUGAGAUCUAAGGUUCAAAACCAUUGUUGUCAACGUUAAGGAUAACAAAAAGUGUUUUUUCCGUAACAAAAGUUAAAGGUCAAGAAGGAAUUUCAAUAAAAAAAUAUCUGCAAAGGAACAAUAAAAUUCUACAAAAUGUAUAUAUUUAACAAAUAUGAUAUACAGUUAUAAAACAACGUAUGCAAAGCGUUUUUGUAAUUUACAAUGUUGCUCUAAAUCGCUUUACAUGACAUGGUUAAUAUAAGAAAUUCAUGCCUAUAUAAGGCAUAUAAAGCUUCACAAUAUAAUUCUCGCGCACGUAUUUGUACCUCCUUUGGACAGGGUGAUUUAGUAUUUUAAAAUUUGUUUAUGAUGCAAAAUGGCUGUAAACAUCCAAAACCAAAACCAAACGUCUAGGUUAAACUCAUUCACACCUCAAGUUUCAUUAUGAACUAUUCCAAUCUUUGAUUGGAAGAGUUUAAAUGUGUCUUCAGGGGUGAAUGAGUUAAAUUCUAAACAAAUGAUAUGACUCACGAAACAUUUUUUCAACUGAUAUGUACCUACUACAUACAUGUAACUCGAACGCGCCUGCUAAUUUUGUAAUUGAAAAGAAAUACGUGUACGAACUUUUGACUUCCUCUGAUUAUAAUACAAUUCUUUAUUAGAGGAUAUUUCACCGUUUGGCAAUGUGCCAUGUUUCUGUUCGGAACAAUUACAUUAUUGAUAUUUUACUGACAGUGUCAUUAAAUCAUAUUUAGUUUUAAUAUCAGAUGCUUUAAUGAACGUUAAUUUAUCGCCAUGGUGACGGCAAGCUUUAAUAUAUCAACAGCAAUCAAUGAUCAAAUAUCGUAUAUCAGAUAUCGAGGCAUAAAAAAUACGUUCAGCACGUGAUCAAACAUCAGCGAAACAGGUACCGGUGAUGACCAUAUUUGGGUUACACAGAUAACUGUGUUACACUUUUAUGAUAUCUAAUCAAAAAUUGAUGUUGUAUAUUUAAUUCAUCUUUUGUCCUUAUGACGGUAUGCGGAUUCGUGUGGUAUUGCUUUUGUAAAUUAUAUGUACAGUGCGUAUUUAAUUAAUAAUUAUUUAGAAAGUCUACAAUAUAAUACAACAAAA